AUGCGAGCCAGCGAUGUUACAAAUAAUUUACGCUCUAUUUUAUUCCCAACUUUGCUAGUUAGAGCAUCGAGUAGCUGGUUCAACAAAUUUACGCAUCAUUUAAUCACCUCUUGCGAACAGUUGUCUAAGGACUUCAAGAAAAAGUUCCAGGCAGUAAGGGAUAGGCGACCUAAGGCAUCCUCCCUCACUAACAUAAAGCCGCAGCUGGGCAAGACGCUUAAGGGCUACUUAAGUCAUUUUAGCAUAGCUACUGCGAGGGUAGGGAUCACGACUGAUCUUGCCACAGCUGGAGGAGAGCUAUGGGAUGACCUGCAGGGUUGCCCAGUGAAAUACAUCAGCGACUUCAAUACAAGAGCUCAAGUUUUUGUUCGAAAAGAGGAAGUAAGAAAAGAGAUGAAGUUGUUAAAGACUGGCUCGAGAAGUAAACCCAACAUUGUCUCGACAAGCGCCGUCUCGACCAAGGCUGACAAUCCAGAGGCCUCUAAUUUAAAGGGAAAAGAUAACUCUAAGGAGUUAGCCAAGGACAAGAAAAAGCGAAAGAAGCACGACAAAUACGUGCCAAUAUACACCAUUUACACUGAGCAUAAUGAAACUCGGGAAAACAUCCAUCUCGCACAUGAGCACAGGGUCGCAUUUCGUAAACUUGAGCCCAUGAGGCAUGCGAGACAUAAGAGAGAUGCAACCAAAUUUUACAACCAAGGAUUACAACCUCCUCCUCUUGAAGGAGAGGAUAUUUUGGUUAUCUCGGGAGGGCAACAUAUUUAUCGGGAAAGUAAUAAUGCCAAAAAGAGAUAUGUAAAGGAAGUUAAGAACAAGCAGUCUGCUUUUGCUCCAGAACCUUCUAAGAAAGCUAAGACCGAGGAACCUCCGAUUGUGUUUUUGGAGGAGGAUGCGAAGCAUGUGAGGUAUCCUCACGUCAACCCAUUGGUGAUUACCAUCCAGCUCAACAAUAAAAGGAUAAAAAGGGUGUUGGUGGACAACAGAAGUUCGGUGAACAUCCUUUACAAGGAUACACUGAAGAAAAUGGGACUUGAAAAAGCCAAAUUAAAACCUUACAUGGUAAAUCUAUGUGGAUUUACAGGCGACAAUGUUGCUAGUCAAGGAAUAAUUGAGCUUCCAUUAACCGUGGGCGAAGCGCCUUUCUCCACCACAAUAAUGCAAGACUUUUUAGUUUUCGACCUGCCAUCGGCUUACAACAUACUAUUGGGUCGACCAACGUUUGUUGGACUAGGGGCAAUUAGUUCAAUUAAGCACUUAUCCCUAAGUUUGAGACAGGUGUGGGAGUGGUGCGAGGUGACCAAAUGUUGGCUUGCAAAUGCCGCAUAG